AUGGCUACAUACUUGGAAAGGGUAAGAAGCUAUUUGGAGCAAUUGGUGGAAUAUAGCAUAGAGCAAAUCCCGAGAGAGAGGAAUAUCCAUGCUGAUGCCCUUGCGAAGCUGGCUUCCACUAAAGAUGGAGAUACCCUCAAAUCAGUGCCUGUGGAAUACUUACCAAGGCCAAGCAUUGUCAAUCCAGACGUUCACAUGGUCAGCAUUCCAAAGGAGUCAUGGGCCAGCCCGAUUAUAGACUACCUGAGGGAUGGAGUGGUACCAACAGACAAGAGGGAGGCUCGGAGGCUAGUUUACAAGGCAGCCUGGUACACAUUGGUAGAUGGGAUCUUACACAAGAGGGGGUUUUCUGUGCCACUCUUGCGAUGUGUCAAUGAGGAAGAAGCUGUGAAGGUGCUAUAUGAAAUACAUGAGGGUGAAUGUGGCAACCAUGCGAGUGGACCAUCCACGGCUCAAAAAGCCACGAGGCAGGGGUACUACUGGCCUUCCAUGGAGAAAGAUGCAAAUGAUUUCGCAAGGAAAUGUGACAAAUGCCAAAGAUUCGGAGUGCCCUACAAGAUUAUUUCUGACAACGACACUCAGUUUGAAGGGGAAACAUUCAAGGAGUACUGUAGGGAAAGAGGCAUAAGGAGAAGCUUCUCGGCUAUUGUGAAUCCACAGGCCAAUGGGCAGGUGGAGGCCAUUAACAAAGUCCUAAAGAGGAACUUAAAAACAAAGCUAGAGAAGAUGAAAGGUGCUUGGGUCGAGGAGUUACCAAACGCGCUUUGGGCCUACAGAACCACUCCACGCACUACCACUGGAGAGACCCCUUUCUCCUUAGCAUAUGGAUGUAAGGUUGUCCUCCCGAUUGAGAUGAAGGUUAACUCGCACAGGAUAUAG